AUGGCAUUAGCUUCAACAGCUGCAAUUAAAGGAUGGCAUCUCCACCAAUUUGAUGCUAACAAUGCGUUCCUCAAUGGAGAGCUCAAUGAAGAAAUCUACAUGAAGAAGCCACCUGGCUACACCAAAGGACAACCUGACCAGGUCUGCAAGCUCAACAAAAGUCUCUAUGGCCUCAAACACACCUCACGCCAGUGGUAUGAUAAUUUUUCCACUUCCUUGGUUGCCUUUGGUUUCACUCAAUCCAAGGCUAAUUACAGCCUAUUUACUUGCAUAACCCCUACUACUUUUACUGCACUACUUGUCUAUGUCGAUGACAUUGUAGUUGCAAGCAAUUCCCUUGAAUCCAUUUCAGUUCUCAAGACUUUUUUGAACACACAUUUGAGAAUAAAAGACCUUGGAACCUUGAGAUACUUCCUUGGCAUUGAGGUCUCUCGAUCACCCAGUGGAAUUCACCUCUGUCAAAGAAAAUACACUCUAGAUAUUCUUGUUGACUCAAGCAAUCUAGCUUGUAAACCUUUAAAGCUCCCAAUGGAGCAAAACCACAAAUUGAGCAAGUCAUCAAGGACACCCCUAGCUGAUCCUACCUCCUACAGACAACUCAUUGGUAGAUUGCUUUACCUCACAUUAACCAAACCUGAUAUUAGUUACCCCAUCCAAGUCCUAAGUCAAUGUAUGGAUCACCCUUCCAUCUCCCACCUUGCUGCAGCCCACAAGGUACUGAGAUACCUCAAAAAUGCACCUGGUCAAGACAUCCUUCUUUCUUCAAGUUCCCCACUUCAGCUUAGAGGCUGCUGUGAUUUAGAUUGGGCUUCUUGCCCAGACACACGCAAAUCAGUCACUGGUUUUUGUAUCUUCUUGGGCCAUUCUCUCAUUUCAUGGAGAUCCAAGAAACAAACAGUUGUCUCAAGGUCUUCAGCUGAGGAAGAAUAUCGUGCAAUGGCAUCCAUUUCUACUGAACUUACUUGGUUGCAGCAGCUAUUCAUUGAUCUCUCCAUUCCUCAUCCACAAGCUACUGAACUUUUUUGUGACAACCAAACUGCUUUACGUAUAGCAGCCAAUCCAGUUUUUCAUGAGAGGACAAAACACAUUGAAGUUGAUUGUCAUCUUAUCCGAGAUAAAAUAAAGAAGGUAGCAUCAAGACUGCUCAUGUUCACACCAACUCACACCUUCUAA